GCGCGCGCUAUACUUCAGCACCUAAAUGAAUUGGGCUAUAGAAAUAUAUCUGCCGAACAACUACGUGAAUUUUUAAAAGCUUAUUUGCGCCUAAAGGUAUGCAACCACAGUCGGAUAAGCAAAGUGCUAGCAAAAGCAAACUCGCAACAGCAAGAGCAAGUCCUCAACAACAGCAGCAGCAGCCCCAGCCAGAGCUUCAGCAACAGCCUCAUCACCGCUCCAAAGUAAAGGUCAUUAAGAGCAAGCGUCCACUUUGCCACUUUAAGUUUUACUUGGACAUUUGCGAUCAUCAGCUAGCCAAGCGCAUUGAGGCGGAUAUCAAGGCGCUUGGAGGCACGCUUGAAUUCUUCCUCAACGACAGUAUUACUCACUUCAUUACCGAUAAGGAAAACGGAUCGGCUCUUGGAAUUUCUGAGGCUCGUAGGAACUCACGUAGCCAGCCGGGCACUCCUUUAACGCAGCCUACAGCUAAUAGCCCUCAUACGCCCAUUACACCCAUUGCAAAUACUCAUGAAGACAGCAAUGGCCUACAGCGCAGGACCCGGCAAACGCGCGCCGAUGCUAUUCUGAGUCGUGUGCGCGGAGUACAACAAAUAACACCAAUUGCAACUGAGGCCCAUUCCAUUCAUCGGCAGCAACAGCAGCAAAUUUAUCAUAAAAAUUCACAAAAUUGUGGCAGGUUAACGUUUGCUACGUACACCAUCUGGCAGACUGAGUAUGCCUUACGCUUCUUCCAGCGUAUACAGACCGAAUUACGGCAGUAUUUAAAAGGGGCAGCAUCUGGAACAUCAGGUGGAUCCCAGACAGCAGGAACAACUAAUAUACACCUGAAGGGCAAUUACAUCAAGAUCGAGUCAAUCAAACGCAAUCACCGACCAUACUAUCAUCUGUUAAAGCAACCAGACGAGUGGCCUAAAAUUGAUUUAUGCAGCGAAGAUAGUGCCUUUCGUUUGCAGACCAAGGCUUAUGUGCAAAGUAUGACACGUAGGUCGCUUGGCUCACGGACCUCGCAACGUCAACAGGAUCAACAAGAUCAGCGACAUCCACAGUCGGUGCCCGUGCAGCACGCGGCCGUUCAAGCACUCAAAAAGCAAUCAGUUUCUGUGCAUACUCCAGACAGUCCCAGAUCGCAUUGCAAAGAGUUGAAGGAGUCUAGCGAUAAGCAGUGCGGUGUAUGCGAGAUUUGUAAGAUCGAGUACGAUACGUUAACAACACAUUUGCAAAGUAAGGAGCACGAUUUAUUUGCUAAAAACGUACACAACUUUUUGGCACUCGAUACGCUCAUUCAAGUGUCGGCAAGCGUUACCGAUUUUCUUAAAAGAGAGCAGCAGAAACAUCGUAAUCAUUCAAGGAAGGAGAAGGAACAAACUGCCGCAGAGACAAACAGCGACAUGGAAGUUGAUGAGCUUCUCAACAAUAGCACCGUUGCCCUCAACACAAAGUCACCCAAUCAAUCAGAUUCGAACGCAGCUCAACAAAGCAGCAAUAAUAAUAGGCAACGCCCGUCCCCAGCGUUACGUGAAAAAUCUAAGCGUAUUACUAAGGGCAAGCAUUCGUCGGAAAAGUUCAGAGCCACGGGAAAUACAUCGCCCAAUCCAUUAACUCCGUCACCUAAUAAAAAAAUUACAGCAACCUGUAGUCUUCUUGAGCUACAGCGUGUCGAGGAAACGGCCAAUAAUGCAACAAUAGCUGCUGCAACUCCAUCCAAUCCGACGCGGCGUAAGACGCAGAAUUCGGUCUUAUCGCCGCCAAUUCGAGCAAUGCUGCCACCUUCAUCCUUGUACAAGGUGGUAGAAGCUAACGAUGCGGUCGCAUCAUCCCCUCGAAUCAGACGUGGUACAACCAAUGUCGCUGGCAAUGUGAUGGACUCCCCAUCGCUGAUUGUUAAGUUCCAAAAAGUGCGUCAAUCCGAACUACAACGACUUAAUGGAGAAGCGGAAAAUUUUAUGUUUCCCCGAACGACUAUUCGCAGUAGCAGCGAACUUCCUACAGAUGUAGAUCGUCACACAACCUCAGAUGCACGCGGCCACCAGAGCAAUUCAUCGCCUAGCUCCCACAGUACAAGCGAGGUGGAAAUACCCGGCUUAACCACGCCAAUCAAGUUGCAGGGUCGAGCCACAGCGGUGGGCAGAAGAAGGAAAAGACCGCCACCAACACAGGUGCAGACUGCAUUGACCCAGCUACAGCGCCAGUUGUCAACAGGUAGCAGCAGUAGUAAUGGUGGUGGUGGAGUUGGUGGCCAGCAACAGCAGCAGCGCUUUCCAAACGCCCCCAUCCAGCCAGAGAUGCAACCGCAAUUGCUAAGCCAAAAGCAGGCGACGGCUACACGCAAGAGCAGCCGCAUGGCCACUGCCAUUGUGACAGCGGCCACAACAAGCAGCCAACUGCAGUUACGCCGACGGACAGAGUCUACGCUCAUAGUAAGGCGCGGUAGCAACAUGGAGGAUCGGAUGGGGGAGCAAACAAAUUCGAAGAAGACCGAAGCACGUCCGGAAUCGGAUGAGCUGGAAGAUGAAGAGUCAAACGACGAGUCGAGCUCUUCUGGCAGCGAUGAAGACUAUGUGGCAAACGGAAAAUUGCGUAGGACUAUGCCUGCCACAAAUCGCUUAGAUACAAGAGAAGAGCGCGCUGCCAGACGCUUAUCACGGCUGACAAUUAGUAUCAAUCGUACCGCUGGUGACAAGCUUCCACCCUUAGCGCCGGCGACACCAGAGAAUAAAUCGACCCGUACACGAAAAUGCAGCAGAAAUCGAAAGCCGUCGAUAGCAAAAGCGAAACAAUCUAAACAACAGACAACGCCACCAACAUCGGCGAAAAAGACAUUGGCAACGGAACUGAUCUUUGACUGCAGCAAGAGUGAGCGACUGAAAAAACUGCGCUACGCAUUUGAGAAGUCACCUGAAGCGGACUUAUGGCAUCGCGUGUUUCAGCGGCAAGAUGCCUGUGAGGAGCACUUUUACAGUUACUAUGGAUCUACGGAAUACCGCAAAUUACCAUACGAGCUGGGUCCAAUACCCAUGGAUCGUACAUCUGCUCAUAGCUGCACUCUAUGCCGGGGUCAACAGGAGCAUACUGAAGAAGAAUUUAAAGUACAAUCGCUUAGACCCAUAAAGCUAGAGCGAAAUCGCGAUUUAGAAACAGAACAAAUUGCUGCACAGUCUGACAGUAAUCAAACAGUCGCAACAACAACAUCCACAACAACGUCAUCGAUGUACAGGCACAAGAAGAUGCAUCUGCUGCAGCGCUAUCAGCAGGAACAGCAACAGCAACAACAGACUUUAAACACUGCCAUACCGUUACCGAAAUGUGAUAGUAAAGCCAGCACACCGGAGUUGCUGGAACGUGAGUUUGCUUCACUAACAGAGAACGCACAGGUAGUGGAGUUGGUGCGUGCUGCAUCCACACAGAGCAAUUCAAGCAGUAGCUGCAGCAAUAGUCAAAACAGCAACGCCACUUGUCGUAACAAGCAGCUGGCGAGAAUCGCUGAGCUGCCGCCACGUAAAUCACCUAGGGAGCAUGCAUCUACGUUGGCCCUGGUCAGCUGCAUUAUACGGCAGCGACAAGAUUCCCUAAGCAAAACUAACUCAGAGGUGGAUGAACCAGGAUCAGCAGCUUCUGUGAAUAUAGUUGCACCAAUCUUGAAAUUGCCACUGAAGCAGGAAUCAGUGAUAUUGAGUUCGAAUUCCCAUAACACACGGUCACAAGCUGCCACACCAGUGGAAGAACUGCGUUUUGCCACCGAAAUAAGUGAGACUGUAAAACGAAUGCGACGUGGUCAAAACAAGUAUGAUACGUUGCCUUCUACACCGGCAUUAGUAGCGGCAAAAACGCCCACGAUAACCAGAUGUCGUCGCCCGACAGCAGCAGCGGCAGCGGCAGCAGCAGCAACUUCUGCUAGCUUUUCUAGUCGCCUCGAGUAUUCAGGAAGAGAUGUUACCACAAAGGUGCUGUUGAGUAAACGUAAACGCCGACAGAUAUCCAGCGCACCAGCUAUGCGGCUGCCGCAACAGCAACCACCGGGGUCCAUAGGUCUAGUUGCCGGUGUUCGUAAACUGCCCAGUAAGAAGGGAAUCCUGGAAUAUGAGAUGGAGGCGAGUGCACUUAAGGCGCUGGAUGCAAGCAUUCAAUAUGCUGAUCCUAUGCUAAUAGCUUGGAAGAUUGAUAAAUAUCUGGAACUAACAGGCAGAGAGUAUGAUUUUAAUUCGGAUGAACAAAUGCAGUUCUUACAAACAGCCGAACGUUACAAUGAGGAUGUGGAUUUUCAGAUGUGUACAGAUGCGCAUACGCCGCCUCCUACAGAUUUUUGCUUUACCAGUGAAUUUGAUCUUUGCGAUCUGUUGGCUGCAAGCUCUGGAAGUGGGGAGGACGAUGAGAUAUCUGGGCGUUCUGGUUGUCGACGAAAUAGUAGAAUGAAUUUGUAUUGUAGCUAUCAGCGUAAACGAAAAUGCCUAAAAUCAAAUCGGACGGGUUGGCCCAGAGCGCAGAGACGACGAGCGCCGGUAUUAUCAAAUGCAAAACUUCAAUCUAGUGAGCGCUCCAGCUUCCGAAAAUUGAGUAUUGGCGAGUCCCAUGAAGCACAAAAGCUUAAGGAUCCAAAACAGGAACAUAUAGAAACAGAAGAGGAGCAGACCACAACGACGACGACAACCACAACUACCGAUAAAGAAAUUAGCAAAGAACAGGACGAUGAUAAAUACGAGGAUGGCAGUGGUGGGGCAGGCAGCAAUCGAGAAGCUGCAGAAAGAGAAAAGCCGACACGUCAAGCAACUGAUAUGACGCCUCCGGCCACGGAUGUAGACGAACCGGUAGAAAGUGGAGAUUAUUCGGGCGAUGAAGCGGCAGCAAGUGUGGACAAUGAAAGUCAAGUCGAUGAUGACGAUGACGAAACAAUGGCCGACUCUAUUGACCAGGUGCGUGAUGGCAAAAUAGAGAUAGAAGCAACCGAUGCUGAUGUUGAAGAAGAUGAUGGUGAAGACGACGACGACGACGAUGAUGAUGAUGAUGUUUUUGAAGACGCUUUCGGUGGGGAAAACAUACAACAUGAAGAGCUAAACGUACAAAACUUCUCUCAGUCGUACGUUGAUGAACCAGAAGACAAACGUAUUCGAAUAAUCUCCGAGUCUCCCGCCAAUAAUUCUGAUGAAAAUCGUUCGCAAAAAAUGUCCCUGCUCACGCUACAAACUUCCAACGGAUAUCGCCUGAAUGCCACUUCUACACCGAGCACACAACAAACGCGCCAGCAGCAACAACGACGUACGCCGCAAUUGAACGGUAGUCUGGGUAGCUGCAUUUCACCCAGCGAGAAAUUGGGUGACCAUUCGGACGUAUUUACUGUGUCGUCUGAUGGUCUCGAUACAGAUAUGGAUUUGAGCAACACUCAAGCCGGCGACUCACUGGAACAUUGCUCACAUCAGAGACUGCAGCAGACAACGCCCAAACGCAAGUUUGAUCUCUCUAAGUAUGCCCCCCCUAACAACGGCAUGGCCGCAAGCAGCUGUGCCGCAGAGGCGGCUACUGCAGCGGUCAAAUCGCUUGCCAUAUCGCAGUUUCUAAAAAAGGAGGUGCGUGUCACAUGCCGGCGACUUCGAGCGCCCUUUCGCCGCUUUCGAUAUCGUCGCUAAUCAUCUCUUCUAUCAUCAUUUUGACAUUAAAAACCAUUAUUAGUUUAAGUGCAAAAUUGUAAAUUCAGAUGUACAGCGAGGAAGAUCAAGAAAAUUGUUCAUUAGGUUUAUUACACAGUCCCUCCAUAAGCAUUUACAGUUUCGAUUUUUUAUUCCCCUAUCAAACCCUCUACUCUCCCUCGAUCCUGCUACUGUACAUUAUUAUAAUAUUGACGAUUCAUUGUCAUCGUUGUUCGAACUUUAUAUAAUUCCACAGGUGCAGUUCCCCUGUCAUUGAUACCCAAAUUCACACAUUGUGCAUAAUGAUAAUUAGCUUAAUUUAAAAUACAAUAUCAGCUAAAUACGUAAAGUAAGAUAAGAUUAAUUUUAGCUUAGAUCAAAUUUAGUACUCUUUGAAGCACCUUAGCCUGACUACCCAACAAAGAAAAGGAAUAACGAAAAGAAACGAUGGAACAAUACAGACAUAGUUUGCAUAAGUAGAGCGUAUAGAAUUAUUACAAAAAAAUCAUUAAAUUUUGUUUCUACAACAAUAUCAACUGAUGCUCAAAUUAUGUAUAACAAUAUAAAACCAAAAGCAAUUGUAAAAACUUAAAAUCAAA